CACCUUCCCCGCUUUCCCCACAAUGGCUACUACUCCCCACCCCGUCGUCGAAUAUACCUCGCCCGCAUCAUGGGCCAUGAUCGAGGACAAGUUCUCGCCGUUCGCGAAGGAAACGCUGGCCAAGCUCAUCAAGUUCUUCGAGGCGCGUGCUUGCCCUGACGAGGAGAUUCAGCCCGCAAUCAAAGUCGCACACGCGCAGCUGCCCACCGACCCGUCCCUCCGCUGGAAGACCGUCAUCCCGGUCAUCGAAGAGCUCAAGGUGAAAGCCAAGAAGCUCGGCCUGUGGAACUUGUUCCUCAGCAAGGCGCACUACCCGGAGCACGGCGUGCCUCUGACGAAUCUCGAGUACGCGGUGAUGGCCGAGAUUCUGGGCCGAGGAGGACAUAUGGCCCCGCAAGCUGUGAACUGCUCGGCGCCGGACACGGGGAACAUGGAGGUCCUGGCCAGAUACGGCUCACCUGAACAACAGAAGAAGUGGCUCAUUCCCCUGCUGAACGGCGAGAUUCGUUCGGCGUUUGCGAUGACGGAACGUUUCGUUGCAUCCUCGGACGCAACGAAUAUCAGAACCUCCAUCCGGCGCGAGGGCGACGAAAUUGUGAUCAACGGUCACAAAUGGUGGAUCAGUGGGGCUGGUGACCCUCGAACCAAGCUCCACAUCGUGAUGGGAAAGAGCGAUCCCAAUAGCAAGAACACAUACAACCAGCAGAGUGUCGUGCUGGUUCCCGCCGACACACCAGGCGUGACUGUUGUCCGGCCCAUGUCUGUCAUGGGAUAUGACGAUGCGCCUGAAGGCCACUGUGAAAUCAUCUAUGAGAAUGUACGCGUCCCACUGGGCAACUUGGUGCUCGGAUGGGGCAAAGGAUUCGAGAUCAUCCAAGGCCGUCUUGGCCCUGGCCGGAUUCACCACUGCAUGCGCUCCAUUGGCGCUGCUCAGCAAGCUCUGGACACCAUGCUUCGCCGCGUGACUGACCCGGGUCGCAAGACAUUCGGGAAAUUCCUGCAUGAACACGGAACCGUCAUCGCGGACAUCGCGAAGUCCCGCGCAGAGAUUGAAUCUGCGAGGUUGCUUGUGCUGAGCGCAGCUCUGCAGAUUGAUAAAUUCCAAGCCAAGGGCGCUCUGAAAGAAAUUGGGAUUGCCAAAUUUGUCGUGCCCUCCAUGGCUCUCGGUGUCAUCGACCGGGCGAUGCAGGCCUUUGGUGCCGAGGGACUCAGCCAAGACCAAGAACUCGCCUCUGCUGGGCCGGCCUGAGGACUCUGCGGAUCGCCGAUGGUCCCGAUGCUGUGCACAUCCAGCAAGUAGGCCAGCGCGAACUGAGGCGUGCGCCGGGGCUGGUAAAAAAGGCUGAGGAACGAUCUCGGCGCGAAAAGCGCUCUUUGCAAAGGCAGGAUUGUCCAAAUCGCAUCUAUAAGCGUCUCUAUCGUCGUACAUACAAUGUACUUGCGUCUACUUUGGUCUCACUUACCUGCUCUGAAUCGCUUAGUCAAACAUAUUACUUUCCUCAUACCCACGUGAUCGUAAAUUCUCUGCCUCUCAUGUCUCUGUCACCAACACUGCGGCGAGCCAUCACACACACGCGCGCCUUCUCGUCGACGCGCCAUGCAGCUCAAUCCUCCAACGCAACGGAGCUCUCGCACGAGAAGCUGCGCGCCCUCGUCACCAUGUACCACCAAGCCGAAACCUUCGUGACGCUCGAGAACCUGGACGAGAAAAUCCAGGAGGCGUUCCUGGUGGAAAAGAACCAGGAGAUGAACAAGCAGCAGAACAUCAGACACAGCGAGCUGGUGGCUGCGGCGCGCGCGCGCAGCGCGGCACCCAAGGUCACGGAGUGGAAUGCGAACCAGGAGCCGCGGGGGGCGAUCGCGCUGCCGAACAGCCUGUGGAGCGCGUCGACGUCGAUCCGCGAUGCGCAGGUCAAGGAGGCGCUGUACGGCGUGUCCAUGUUCUCGGACGGGAAGUCGCAGCCGAGGGCGCUGCCGGGUCUGGAGGUGCUGCUGGACGAGCAGGAUGUGCUGCAGAAGAGUGCCGCGGAGGAUGCGGCGGCGGCGCGGUAUGACGACCGGGACUGAUGUCGUCCUCGUAUGUGUCGCUGCUUAAUGGGUUCCACGUGCGGAAUGAGAUGGGAAGAGCUGCCCCAUUGUAUAUUCCUUGACUUGAAAGACGUCCACUCGGACGUCCGGGCCAACGAGAGUGUCCUCUCGCAGCUACAGUAGAGACGGGAUGUACUACUCCCUUUUUUCUCGGGUACAUGCAUAAUUCGAGAGAUGGCCUCGGUGAUCGAGACGAGAGAGUUCGCCCUUUACUCCAUCGACUGGAAUGACCUUCAGAGAGAGCAGUGCACUUCUACGCCGUUCCGAUACUCAGUUUUCACUGUCUGUGCUCUUGAUCGCUUUGGGUCCAUUCGAACACAGCGGUCCGGCACACCCUCUAUCCCGCAGCUUAUUAUGUCCGACAGGCGGAACAUCCAGCCCACACUCUGCGCUAAUCCUGAGCGAUGCGAGAAUGGAAAAAACUUGGCCCAAGUCUAUUCUAACUUGGCCCACAAAAUUUAUUGUAGUCGGAGAAUGCGUGCGAAUGACUCCUCUAGUCCAGUGCGCUUUCCUUCCUUUCUUCCAGUGCAGCCGAGGAGAAAAUAUUCUGGUUUCAAGUUCGAAAACCGUGGAAGACUAUGCCCGCCGCUACCUUGACGGAUCAAUCGUGAAUGCGAUCACGCGAAUACGAUGACUGCGGAGUGAUCUCUACGUGGCCAGGAAUUUAUCAGAUAAAAGCGGCUCCAUGUACAGAAUAUUUUCUCUGCACAUUCCGCCCAUCCCACCCCUGCUCCUAGCAAGACCUAGAUCUCUCAGCUGCCUAUGGGAAGCCUACCACUGAAGAAAUCACCCUCUGCCCUGAAUGAGACGCUGUCCGCGUCGGGAGUGCCCGUAACACUCGCCGACUGUCGCACUUGCGCCGACCCCUGCGACCAAGGGCACUCUGAUUAUCCGAGGGGGUUCUCCGUCGACCUGAACUCGGAAAUGCUGGGCUCCGUGAAGCCCUAUCGUCGACAGGUACGCCAGCCGAGUUGCCCACGGGCGCUGAGUACCGGGAACGCCGCCGACUCGCACGACUCUCGCAGAUCGUUAUAUCGACCGGCAAAUCGGACUGGGAGCACGAAGUAACCGAGACCUCCGGCUCCCUCGCCUUUCACAUCGCGCAGAGCAGACCCGCCGAGCCCGCGCGCGCGAAACUCGAGAAGAGACCGGAGCAGAAGCAGCUACCCCAAAUUUCGGGUGUGUUCUCGUCCCGCGAUGCGACGCGGCUGUCCAUCCUGAACGGGAGCCACAAGACGAUCAGCCACGACGACGAGCACGAGACGGUGCUGGUGCUGCCGGACUACACGAUGGUUAUGGGGGUCCCCCGCACCGCAGAGGGCGCGCGCGAGAUGUGGGCGACAGACUUGAAUCCGCAGUCCGCGUCGCGGCCUCGCGGGGUUCCGAGCACGUUUCAAACGUGGGUGAUCCCGUAUGCUUGUGUCAUCCUGUUGUGUUCACACAAGCGUCGAGACACGCGCUGUGCGAUAGCGGCUCCGCGGCUAGAGAGCGCAUUCGUCCACUCGCUCAGUAGCCAGGGAUGGACAGUGGAGACGCAGCUGGAGCACCCCGUCGAGCCUCCAUUGGAAGACCUCCCCGAGGUGGACUUGGAGCGGCAUGUGUCAGAGACACUCAAAGAAGUGGGGAGCGCCAAGAAAGCCCUGAUCCUGCUUAGCUCACAUAUUGGGGGACACAAAUAUGCGGGGAACUGUAUCAUCUACACCCCGCAGGGCUCGUCUGUCUGGUACGGGCGAGUGACAACCCACAACGUGGAUGCGAUCGUGCGCCAUACGAUCAUCGGCGGACUCGUGCUCGGCCCUUUGUUGCGUGGAGGACUGGAUCUCUCACGACCUGGAUGCGCGACAUUGCACGACUGGUGACAUUCUCCUCUUCGAUUUGUGCAUUCCGCUCGUUGUUAUGUUACACCCCAUACCCUCUACUACUACGGCUACUUUACAAGAUUUCGAAAGCAUUAAGUACGUUCUAAGUAGGAUUGUAUACAGUGUUCGAGUUUUGUCAGAUAUCAUCCCCCAAUCCGGUGAAGCCCAGCCCUUUCCUUCGUUUAUGGGCGUAGCGACCAGCGGGCUUGCUUGGGUCCUCGAAUUCGUCUUCGGUGCCACCCGCGCUGUCGUCCGUCUCGCCGUCGGGUGUCUUGGCCCGCGCUCGCAUCGCGAGGAUGCCCGUAGGACCGCCGACACUCUCCCCCGAAUACGUGAACCCCCGGAAAUUCUCCUGCACGCUGUUCGUCAACGGCGUCCCCACAGCAGUCUGCGUCUUCUUCUUCGGCUUGAUGUCGAUCCCCCGCGGCGGAGAAUCCUUUUUGGGGGAGUCGCUCGUCAGAUCACGCUCGCUGCCGAGUGGGCCGUUGAACUGGUGCUGCGUCAGAGAGCCUGCAAGCACCCAGUCUUCCGACGGGUCGGCUUCGUCGAUGUCGAUGUCAACCCCCACAUCAUGCAGGUCUGCGGACGUGAACGUUUCGUCAAAGUUGGCUGUCGAUUCAUCCGACUCGACGACAGGUUUGAACGGGGGCGGCACCUGCUUCCUCGCUAAUGCAUCCCAGUCGAUCGAGGAGAAGAACGGAUGCUCUUUCAGCUCGGCAGUG